GACGAACAACUGCAGCUGCACUUCGGCAAAAAUGAGCAAGGCUAAGGAUGCCCAAGCUGUGAAGGCAGUAUUAGAUUAUCUUAAUAGACAGAACAGACCAUACAGUGCUAUAGACAUAGUCAACAACCUUCACAAAGAAUUUGGCAAAACAGCUGUAGUGAAGGCAUGUGAGGGGUUGACAGAGGCUGGGAAAAUCAAAGAAAAAGUUUAUGGCAAACAGAAAGUCUAUGUAGCGGAUCAGGCACAGUUCCCUGAUGUUGAUGAUGGGGAAAUCAAAGAGAUGGAUGCACAGAUAUCCCAGUUGUCUGACUUGACCAAGGUGCGGGGUGAUGAAGUGCGCAGACUGGACAGCGAAUUGAAAAGCCUAAAUAACGCCAUAUCAACUGAAGAAGCUAAAAAGCAGCUUGCAGAACUUGAUAAAGAGUGCACAGCUUGUAAACAGAAGUUGAUCAAGUUAAAGGAAGGCGGACAUACCAUCACCCCUGAAGAAAAAGAUCGGAUUUACAAUUCUCGAAAAGUAUUUGUGAAGGAAUGGAGAAAAAGGAAAAGAAUGGCAAACGACAUUCUCAAUGCUAUUUUGGAGGGCUAUCCGAAAACAAAGAAACAGCUUUAUGAAGAUAUUGGUGUUGAGACAGAUGAAGAGUACAAAGUUUCUCCGCCAGAAGUAUGAAAACUGUUAAGACUUUAUAUUAGGCCUUGUUAGGUUUACCUCAACCUGUAUGGGUAGGCAGGUAAAUAUAUCCUGAAUCAGGAAGGACA